UCUAAAUACCAUACCUUAACUCUAUAAAUACCUCACCAUUUCCCCUCUCCUCUUCUCUAUAAAUACCUCACCAUUUCCCCUCUCCUCUUCAAACAUUUCUCCCCCCCGAGAAACAAAAACAAAAUAUCUUCUCCUCUUCUCCAUCUACGUUUUAACUUCACAUUUUUGAGGAAUUUAAAUUUUCUCUCACAUUGUUUUCAGAACAGUUUCAGUGCAACUAUCUGGUACAAAGAACCAAAUGGCCUGCUUAAACAUUGACAAAAUGUGUCAGAGGGAGAAGAAGAUGAAAAAUGAAAAAGACGAAUACACCCUUGAUGGAACUGUAAAUAAGCACGGUCAACCUGCCGUGCGGGCAAGAACCGGAAGGUGGUUUGCUGGUGUUCUCUUACUUGUGAAUCAAGGUCUAGCUACACUAGCCUUCUUUGGGGUUGGAGUCAAUUUAGUACUAUUUCUGACCAGAGUUAUGGGGCAAGACAAUGCUGAAGCAGCCAACAAUGUGAGCAAGUGGACAGGGACCGUUUAUAUCUUCUCCCUCUUGGGAGCUUUCCUCAGUGAUUCCUACUGGGGAAGAUACAAGACGUGUGCUAUUUUCCAAGCCAUUUUUGUGGCUGGACUGAUUUCACUUUCAUUGACUUCAUACAUUUUCUUAGUCAAGCCUAAUGGCUGUGGAGAUGAAGAGACCCCUUGUGGGUCCCACUCUACUAUCAGUGUGGCGCUCUUCUACGUGUCUAUUUACUUAAUUGCCCUUGGAAAUGGAGGGUAUCAGCCUACUAUUGCAACAUUUGGAGCAGACCAAUUUGAUGAAGAUCACCCACAAGAGAGUCACUCAAAGGUGGCUUUUUUUAGUUACUUUUACCUGGCAUUAAAUCUUGGAUCUUUGUUCUCAAAUACGAUCUUAGGAUAUUUUGAAGAUAAGGGAAUGUGGACAUUAGGCUUUUGGGCAUCAGCUGGCUCUGCCAUUUUGGCACUAGUCUUGUUUCUUAUUGGAACACCUAGGUAUAGGCACUUCAAACCUACAGGCAACCCUCUAUCAAGAUUUUGUCAAGUGAUUGUAGCUGCAACGAGGAAAUGGAAAAUUGAACAACCUUCAAGGGGGCUUGAGCUAUAUGAAGGUGAUGGACAAGACCUUCCUGAUAAUGGAAGUAGAAGAAUUCUCCACACACAAGGAUUCAAAUUUUUGGACAAAGCAGCUAUAAUCACAUCAAAGGAUAUAGGAGUAGUAUUGGUAAACAACCAAUGGCACCUUUGUGCUGUGUCUCAAGUUGAAGAAGUAAAAUGCAUAUUGAGACUACUUCCAAUUUGGCUUUGCACAAUACUUUAUUCAGUUGUCUUUACUCAAAUGGCCUCUUUGUUUGUGGAGCAAGGGGCUGCAAUGAGAACAACCCUCUCAAGAUUUCAUGUCCCUCCAGCAAGCAUGUCUAGUUUUGACAUCCUCAGUGUUGCAUCGUUCAUUUUCAUCUACAGGCGAGUGCUUGAUCCCCUCGUGACAAGAUUAAAAAAGUCUUCUCCAAGAGGAUUGACAGAGCUCCAAAGAAUGGGAGUUGGCCUCAUAAUUGCUAUAAUGACAAUGGUAGCAGCAGGAAUAGUUGAACAUUUCAGGUUAAAAUCGGCAGAUAAAAAAUGUUCACACUGCUCGAAUUCAAGUUCUUUAAGCAUUUUCUGGCAAGUUCCUCAAUAUGUGUUAAUCGGAGCAUCAGAGGUGUUUAUGUAUGUUGGACAAUUGGAGUUCUUUAAUGGACAAGCACCUGAUGGAUUGAAAAGCUUUGGAAGUGCCCUAUGCAUGACUUCAAUUUCACUAGGAAACUAUGUGAGCAGCUUGCUCGUUUCUGUUGUUAUGAAAAUUUCAACUACUGAUAAGAUGCCUGGAUGGAUACCUGGAAAUCUCAACAAGGGUCAUUUAGACAGAUUCUAUUUCCUGUUAGCAGCUUUGACAUCAGCUGAUUUUUUAGUAUAUCUCAUUUGUGCAAAGUGGUAUAAGUAUAUUAAGUUUGAAGAAAGAAACAUUGAAAAGCAAUAUGGAGAGAAGCAUGGUGAUUUGCGAGUGUAGACUCAACAUUAAGAAGAAAGAUUUUAUGUUACGUUUUAAUUAUUUAAUGUAAAAUAAUGACAACUUAGGAUUAGAAAUUAUGUAUUAAGUUGCAAGGAGACUAGAGAAGUGCAUUGUUACUCUUCUCUAUGUCGAGCACAAGAUGCAUACUUUUUCUCGAAUUAGCUUAUGUGUAAAGAAAAUGUCUCGUUGGAUGGUAUGUUAUUUUAAAUUCUUUGCAUUUGUAAA